CCAUUACCUUCGAUUUAUGGCCUCUCUCUUGGUUCUUCUCCAGAGCAGAUCGGUAUUGACUAUUGACUGAGACUCAUAAGUCAUCUUCCAGAUUCGAUUCAGGUGAGUAGGUAAAUUGUUCAUUUGAGCUAAAAUUAGAGAUUUUUGUGUUUCUCUCUUUCUCUCUCGUAUGGAUUUGUUGUGCGGCGUUCCUCUCUCGAAACGACCAUCUCCGAUUGCGUCACUUCCAGAUGAAAUCGUCGUGGAUAUAAUAGCGCGUGUAUCAAGAUCCUAUUACCCAGCAAUCUCUCUCGUUUCCAGACGUUUCCGAUCGAUCGUAACGUCUCCUGAGCUAUACAUGAGACGAUCAUUGUUACGCUGUGCCGAACACUGUCUCUAUGCUCUCCUCUACAACCCUAAAACCUGUGAUUACCGUUGGUACAUCCUAUGCCUGCACAUGGAAUCUUUGUUGCCGUUGGUUCCAAGAUAUACGUUUUGGGUGGUGUUUACCAUUCCAGUGUGACCUCGAGUGUCUUAAUUAUAGACUGUACGACUCAUACGGUGCAGCCUGUCUCUAGCAUUCCCAAGCCUAUGGGUGAUACGGUCGCUGGCACCAUCAACGGGAAGAUAUACGUGGUCGGUGAGUGUGAAUUGUCUAAAUGUGUGGUUUCAAAGAGGGUUAUGGUGUUGAAUAGAGAGAAACAAAUGUGGGAGCCUGAGAUGAUGAUGAAUCCAGGUGUGAAGAUAGGUCAAUUGUGGUCUGGUUGUGUGGUGAUGGAGGGUAAGAUUUACAUGAGGGAUUCGGUGAAUAGUUUUGUUUACGAGCCAAAAGAGAGGAAAUGGGAAAUGGAGAUGUUGAAUUCUAAAAAGUGGGAGUAUGCGUGUGUCGUUGAUGAUAUGUUGUAUUACUACGAUUGUCGCAAGAAUAAAUUAAGAGUGUAUGAUACAAAGCACAAGUGUUGGGGAUUGGUGAAAGGUGUGGAGAGAACGUCGGCUGAGCCUGAGCCGAGUCGUCUCAAUCUGCCAAAAUCUUCGUGGUGGUCAUAUACCAUGAGUUGCGGUGAGAAACUGGUUGUGUUCUUGCCUAAAGAGAAAGACAGGACGAAGGCAACAGGGAUUUGGUGUGUGGAGAUCGCACUGGAAAGACGCCAAGGAGGAGAGAUUUGGGGUAAAGUUGAGCGGUGUGAUGCUGUGAUUAAUGGUGAUUUUUUCUUUGUGAGAUGUUUAGCUGUUAUGGUUUGAUGCACAAAACUGAAAUGUGCUCUUUCCUGAAGGAGUAGAUUUGUUUUGUGUGGGAAUUUGCAUUCAAGAGAUACCAAAGGAGGAUAAAUUUCAUGUUGUGGUUGGGAGCUUGUUGAUUUUUUGGAUGUAAAAGUUAGAUGUACAUUGAAGUAUCUGCUUGAUUCUUGGGUGUAACAUUGGGAGUUUAAUAAGUAAAUAUCAUUAGCAGAGCGAUUUAGAAACAUGUAAUUGCGAGAUAUGAUUAGUGGUGUGACAAUUUCAGACAACUAAACUGAAAGAGACAAGAAACAUGGGUUCUUUUAAUA